AUGUCCAAGGUUUUCACUGCUGAAGAAGUGGUCAAGCACAACACACCCGAGAGCUGUUGGGUGGUGCUCUACGGCAAAGUGUACGAUGUGACCGAAUUCCUCCCCUCCCACCCUGGCGGAUCCAAGAUCAUUGUGAAGCUUUCCGGCAAAGAUGCAACAGACGAGUACGACCCCAUCCACCCCCCGGGUACCCUCGAGGAGAACCUCCUGCCCGAAAAAUGCCUCGGUACUGUAGACCCCGAGUCUUUGGCGAUAUUACAGCCCGCACCCGCGAAAGCGGAGUCCCAGAAGCCCACGGAGGGCCCACCGAGGCUAGAGACGCUGCUCAACAUCGAGGAGAUUGAGGAGGCCGCUACAAAGCUUAUCCCGAAGAAGGCAUGGGCAUACUACUUCUCGGCUAGCGACGACUUAUGGACCAAGAGCAACAACAACAAGGCAUACAGACAGAUUCUGCUGCGGCCGCGGGUUUUUGUCGACUGCACGAAGGUUGAUACCUCUACAAACCUGUUGGGCCACCAUGUAGGAAUUCCUCUGUUUGUGGCACCGGCGGCCAUGGCGAGACUUGCACACCCGGAUGGUGAGCGCGGCAUUGCAAGGGCGGCGGCCAAGUUCAACGCGAUGCAGUGCGUGUCGAACAACGCGUCGAUGACGCCGGAGCAGAUCAUCGAGGGCUCCCCCGAGGGCCAAGUUUUUGGGUGGCAACUCUACGUCCAAAAUGACAGGGCCAAGAGCGAGGCAAUGCUAAAGCGCAUCAACGCCAUGAAGGACCGCUAUAAAUACAUCACACUGACAUUGGACGCUCCGUGGCCUGGAAAGCGUGAGCUCGACGAGAAGCAGCAGUUCGAGGGCGCAUUCGAGGUCGAGUCCGAGUCAAACUCCAAGAGCGACGAGGCCAAACGGCCCGGCGGCGGCGGUGUGGGGCAACAGCUGUUCUUCGGCACGGCAGCCGACCUGACUUGGAAGACGACUCUGCCUUGGCUGGCACAGCAUACAGACUUGCCCAUCGUCUUGAAGGGACUGCAGACGCACGAGGAUGCCUACCUUGCGGCCAGAUACGCUCCGCAAGUAAAGGCCAUCAUCCUGUCGAACCACGGUGGCCGUGCCCUUGACACGGCGCCUCCCGCUGUCCAUACGCUGCUGGAGAUCCGCAAGUAUUGCCCCGAGGUCUUUGAUAAGAUUGAGGUCUGGGUCGAUGGCGGAAUCAAGCGCGGAACCGACAUCGUCAAGGCUCUCUGCUUGGGCGCAAAGGCGGUAGGUAUCGGUCGAGCCGCGCUGUUCGGUCUCGGCGCCGGUGGCCAGGCCGGUGUUGAGAGGACAUAUGAGAUCCUCAAAGGAGAGAUGGAGACGUGCAUGAGGCUUCUCGGCGCCAAAAGCGUCAGCGACCUGGGUCCCCAUUUUAUUAAUACCCGCGCGGUGGAGAGAGAUAUUUACGACGGCGAAUCUGGGAUCGAGAACAAGAUUGGCCUAUGGGCGAAGUCAAAGCUGUAA